AUGAAGGCGUAUUAUUUUGACAACGUCGAGGGCGAUCAGCGCUUGCCGCAUUUUGACAGUGCUUUGCCACCCGUUUCGCAGAGCGAUUUGGCAAAGUACGGCGUGCUCUACUGGCACAUUCCAAUCGACCAAGAUGGCAAUUGGGAACAAGCUAUUGAUCAGAUUGCCGCGGAGCGUUCGUACAAGAAUAGAGACAUUAUCAACGUGUCAAAGACUGGGCUGGGAGACCUAUACGAAUCAAAGAUUAAAUCCUUUUUCGAAGAACAUAUGCACGAGGACGAGGAGAUUCGGUACAUCCUAGACGGCGCAGGCUUCUUCGACGUUCGGUCUCCACAAAAGGACGAAUGGAUCCGCGUCCACGUCGACCAAGGUGACCUUCUCGUGUUGCCCGCAGGGAUCUACCACCGCUUUACUCUCGACGAGGGGGACUACAUCAAGGCCAUGCGGCUCUUCAAGGAUGAACCAAAGUGGACGCCCUACAACCGCUCUGCAGAUACGGACGCAAAUCAACACAGAGUAACGUACCUGCAAACUUUUGCAGCCUAG